AUGAACACAAAUGCGUUGAAUGCGAGAGGCAUAUUACCCGACUCAUGGUCCGACAUUCCGACCGCGCUGCUCCACGCUGAGCUCGAACGGAGACAUGGUGGCAUGAAGGAGUCGACGGCCGGUGAGCAAAGGCCGGCGUGUGGGAGCAAGACCAAGGGAGAGUACAACACGCCGCUACACGUUUUCGCGCUGGUGUUGAUCCUGGCGCUGAGUACCGGAGCGUGCGCCUUCCCCAUCAUCGUCCGCCGAUUUCCACGCCUCCCUGUGCCGCACCACUUCCUGUUCCUCUCGCGACACUUCGGCACCGGCGUCCUGAUCGCAACCGCCUUCGUACAUCUGCUACCCACAGCCUUCACCUCGCUCACGGACCCAUGCUUACCGUCUUUCUGGAACGAGGGAUACCCCGCAAUGGCUGGGCUGAUCGCCAUGACGGCAGUUUUUGUGGUCGUGGGCAUAGAGAUGUUCUUCGCGAGUAGGGGAGCGGGGCAUGUGCACGGGAGCGAUUACGACACGCUGGGCGGAGGGGAUGCACACGGUCAUGCUCACGGACACGGCGACUACGAGAUGGGCAAUGGCCGCCCGCGCAGCCACGGCCGCAGCGCGAGCUUCAACCGGUUCAAGCAGGGCAGCCUGCGCCCAGGCGACAGCCACCGACCGCCGGACAUCGUGCUGGACGACUACGCCGAGACGGACAACCUCGUUGCAGGCGUCUCUCCCUCAAUCCCCCCGCCUACCCCGUCUCCAGGCCACAGCCGCAUCCCCGACGACGAAGAAGCCCAGACGAAACCCAUCCACGGCGAAGGCGACAGCGACUCGGACUCGGACCUCGAGCUGCCCGAGCUCGACUACGCCGGAGCCUCGUCCAACGACGCCUCCGGUCUCCUCAACGGCGCACCCUCGCAAAAGUACCGCUCCGCCGCCGGCCGCCAAAGCAGCGACUCCCUCCGCGCCCUCUCCAGCCCCCAGCCCGACGCCGGCAACGGCCACCACUCCCUCCUCACGCCCGAACAGCAACAGCGCAAGCAGCUGCUCCAAUGCCUCCUGCUCGAAGCCGGCAUCCUCUUCCACAGCGUCUUCAUCGGCAUGGCCAUCUCUGUCGCCACCGGCCCGCCCUUCAUCGUCCUCCUCAUCGCCAUCUCCUUCCACCAGACCUUCGAGGGGCUCGCCCUGGGCUCGCGCAUCGCCGCCCUGCAGUUCCCCCAGCGCUCCCCGAAGCCCUGGCUCAUGGCCCUCGCCUACGGCACCACCACCCCGCUCGGCCAGGCCAUUGGCCUCGGCAUCCACAACCUGUACGAUCCCGCGAGCGAGACGGGCCUGCUGACGGUGGGUGUCAUGAACGCAAUCAGUAGCGGUCUGCUGCUGUUUGCGGGCUUGGUCGAGCUUCUGGCCGAGGAUUUCUUGAGCGAUGCGAGCUAUCAGGUGCUGAGGGGAAAGAGGAGGGUGGAGGCUUGCGCGGCCGUGGUGGCGGGUGGCGGUUUGAUGGCGUUAGUCGGGGCAUGGGCAUAG